AUGCCCAUUGAAAAGAAAAGGAAGGUAGACGACAGCGGACUGCUGUCGGAACUACUGAACUCCUCGCCAACAACACCAAAUAAACCACGGUUGCCAAAGAAACUCAGUUGUCAACGAUGCCGACUACGGAAGAUGCGAUGCGACUUUAACUCUCCGUGUCUGAACUGCACCGCCAUGAAACUCGAGUGUGUUGAGACGACGCAGGACUUGCGAAAGAAAAGACCGCCUGCGACGUAUGUCAAGACAUUGGAAUCUCAAGUUUCCAAUAUCAAGCUGUUUAUCGAGUCGUUGCAAAGAUUGAAAAAUACAGAGGAACAAUUGGGUCUUUUGAAAAACACCGAUUUAUCUGGUAUUUUGGAUGGCAGCUCACUUGAUCCUUUGCUCUCGCAACAACAAGAACAGCAGCAGCAGCAGCAGCAACAGCAGCAUGAUCAUCACGAGCAAAACGACGAUGUUGAUGAAACCAAGGCGAUAUAUGGCCCCACCUCGGUUUACAACAGCACCAUAAUUACUUCCAACGGCAACAUCUCCAAUAAAAAUCCUUCUUCCAAAAGAGAGCUUGAAGUUAAAAGCAUCAAGGAUUUGAACAAGGAUCCCGAGAUUUUGCAAUGUAUCCAUUUAUUCUUCACCUGGCAAUAUCCAGACCACAACAUGUUCAUCUUUAGAGAGGCGUUCCUUUUUGAUUUCUUUAACCCGACGUUGACUAGCAUGUACUGCUCCAAGGUGCUAGUGCUCAGUAUAUGUGCCCUUGGCUCGCGAAUGUCAUUGGAUGAAAAAAUUUACAAAAAAUCAAAAGACUUUUACAAGGACGCCAAGAGUCUCUUGUUGAAUUCCAUAAGUCAACCCUCGAUCACGUCGUUGCAGAGCUUCAUGUUGCUUGCAUUCUUUGACAUUUGCAACGGACUGAAUUCAAGCGGGUGGAUGUUAUCUGGAAACGCAAUGCGAAUGGGGUUUGACAUUGGGUUCCAGUUGAACCCCGAAGUUUGGUUUGUUAAAUCAAAGGAGAGCUUGAACAAGUUGGACGUGGAAAUCAGAUCGAGAAUAUACUGGGGCUGCUACAUGGCAGACCACUUUAUAAGUCUCGUUCUAGGGCGUCCUUCCAUUUUAAAGCUUUCCGAUGCCUCGAUUCCUGAAACCAGCGAUUUGCCCGACUUGGAAUGGAUCGAUGAUUUCACUUACAAUGGCUACAUCAAAAACAAGGGCAGUUCAUCUAAAAGAAGAAAACCACCGGCAGAAAUUUCCCGGACAACCUAUACGGCCAAAGUUGAAUCGUAUAUAAGCGAUCCUUUAAAUCAAAUCAUCAAUCUCAUCAACAUAUCGGAUAACAUGUUGAAUGACAUUUUCACCAAAUCCGACCUUGAGCAUGAAAAAGCCAACAACACAAACGAUGACUUGAACUUGGGUUCGAGGUUGGGGAAGGUGUUUGAUUAUAACUGGCAAAUAAUGCGAUGGAAAGAGAAUCUUCCCGGAGAUUUGCAAUGGAAUAGGAGAGCAUUGAUCGAGACGGGUGAAAACCCGGCAUAUUCUGGAAUCCGGUACUACUACUACAUCUUGAUCCUAUGUCUCAACCGGCCUUUUAUAGGCUUGGAGUCGGAGACGUUCCCCACCAAUAAUCAUUUAUCUCCCAAGUCCAUUUGCUUGAGUGCCAUUGACGACUUGUACGAAUCGGUGAAUAAAUUCGAAACGGAACAUGGCUAUAAGCGAGCCUCGAUUUUCAUUGUCUAUGCUUCGAUAUUGUCAAUUUCGAUCAUCUUGUUGACCAACUCCACCAUUUCACAGUCCAACGAGUAUAGUGAACGGUUACAAUUCUUCAUGGGUGUCCUCCGUGGCUGUUCCAGAACUUGGAAACUUGCUGAAAAGUCGCACAAUUUGAUCAAGGAAAAGUUGAAGCGAAGCUAUGAUUCGGAAGAUUUGAAAAUAAUAAGAAGUCAAGGUGAGGAGAUGUUGAGAAAUACAAUCAGGAAUGCGCCCUCCUCCAUCGCCAGCACAACCGCCACUACCAACGACCUCACUACCAACGCCAACAACGCCAUCACCACCAAGAAGAACGGCAACGACAACGGUGACAAAAAAAACGCAAAUGCUGCUCGUCCAAGCACAAGCAUUGGCUCAGUCAGUAGUAUCGAUAACUCAUCCGCAGUCAAACCUUCUCCCAUCUCAUCAGAAUCAUACAGCAUCACCAAUCCCGAUUUUCUCUUGGAUGACAACAUUGAUUUCCUUGGCGGUCCGCCGGUUCUUAUGACAUCGGAUCUAUUCAACGAGGAUUGGGAAUCCUUAUUCCCAGAUUACAUUUUCCAUUCAAAGAAUUGA